GUGGCCUCUGGUUCUGGGGAGCGUGGCUGGGGACACAGAGUCCAUGCCAGGAGCUAAGACGUGUGGUACGGUUGGCAGUGCGUGCCCCGCCACAAUGCACUAUUUUUCUUUUAUAUUUUAAUUUUUUAAAAAUUUGGGAGGAAUACGCAGGGCUCCCACCCACUGGCCACUCCCCAGAGCCGGCAACAGCUGAGGUGGGGCCAGGCCAGGCCUAGGAGGAAGCCAGGAGCAGGAACUCCAGCCGGGCGCCCGCGUGGGUGGCCAGGACCCGACUGCUGGAGCCGUGUUGCUCCAAGCUGCACGUGAGCAGGAGACGGAGCUGGGACUCAAACCCGCAUCUCACCGCGCAACGACGACCACCGCACCUCCGAAAUCCACACGGUGACAGAACUGGGCUGUGUGGUGUUAUCCGAAGCGCAGUCUGAGGAGUCGGGCCAGACGAGGCCGCCACCCGAGAGCUGAGAGGAGCCAGUGCCUCUCGUGGGUAAACCAUCCCGUCUGUUGUAGCGGCCUGAGUGGACUAGGACCGGGGUGUACUAAGCCUGAAGGCCCAGAGGGUCUGAGGCAGGAUUGAGGAGGAGGUAGGAAACCCAGGGCUGUGAGGGGUGACCCACACUGGCGUGUGCACAGCGGUGGAGGCUGGCAGCCCAGAGCCCCUUCACCCCGCUGCGAGGCACCAGCUGGCAGUCUUCACGGGCUGCACGGAACUUCCAACAGCACAUUUGCCUCGCUCCUGAAUAUAUGCGGAUAAUCAAGAGCAAAGGACAUUUGUGGAGAACAGCCAAAAAAAAAAAAAAAAAAAGAUACUAGGAGGAAAAAUGUUAUUAAAAAACUAUCUGUAGUCCCUGAAGAUAAUAUACCCAUGAAAGAAAAAGGCAUAUACAGGACAUUCAGAGUAACAGUGAGCUCUUCAAAAUUCGAAAAGCAGGGGGUAGCGUCAUGACCCAGCAGGUAAAGCCACUGUUUGGGAUGCCCACAUCCCAUAUCAGAGUGCUGGUUUGAGUCCCAGCGAUUACACUUCCUAUCUGGGUCCCUGCUAUUGUGUCUGGGGAGGCAGCAGACGAUGGUCCAAGUACUUGGGCCCCUGCUGUCCUCAUGGAAAAUGUGGACAGAGUCCCUGGCUCUGGCCCAGCCUUAGCUGUUUGCAGCCAUUUGAGGAGUAAACCAGAGGGUGGAAGACACCUCCCUCUAUCUCUUUUACUUACUCCCCCCCAACUGCUGCCACCUUUCAAAUAUAUCUUUUAAAAAAAUAAACAGAGUUCAGGAAAACUUCCCAGAUCAUGGUGUUCUCACACUGAAAAGGUGAACAGCUGUGGCAGCACAGCAGCACUAAAGAGACCCAUGCCAAGGCAUCAUCACAAGAUUCAGAACGCCAGGAGCAAAGAAGAGUCUGUUUAAGGGAUCAGAGAUCAGGAUGGCAUGGAGUUUUACCACAGAACUCCAAGAAGCUGAAAUUCAUUGGAUCACGAACUUCAAAACUGAAGAAUCAAAGAAAGAACCUGGCUGUUGGUCAAAACACCAGGUCUGGAGCUCGGGGGUCUUCGAGCUGAAGCUGCAGGAGUUCGUCAACAAGAAGGGGAUCCUGGGGAACCGCAGCUGCUGCCGCGGGGGCGCAGGGCCGCCGUGCGCGUGCCGGACCUUUUUCCGCGUGUGUCUCAAGCACUACCAGGCCAGCGUGUCCCCCGAGCCGCCCUGCACCUACGGCAGUGCCGUCACGCCCGUGCUGGGCGUCGACUCCUUCAGCCUGCCCGACGGCGCGGGCGCCGACCCCGCCUUCAGCAACCCCAUACGCUUCCCCUUCGGCUUCACCUGGCCGGGCACCUUCUCCCUGAUUAUUGAAGCUCUGCACACAGACUCCCCGGAUGACCUCGCCACAGAAAACCCAGAGCGGCUCAUCAGCCGCCUGGCCACACAGAGGCACCUGACGGUGGGUGAGGAGUGGUCCCAGGACCUGCACAGCAGCGGCCGCACCGACCUCAAGUACUCCUACCGCUUCGUCUGCGAUGAGCACUACUAUGGGGAGGGUUGCUCCGUGUUCUGCCGGCCCCGGGACGAUGCCUUCGGCCACUUCACCUGUGGGGAGCGGGGCGAGAAGGUCUGCAACUCUGGCUGGAAAGGCCAGUACUGCACGGAACCGAUCUGCCUUCCGGGGUGUGACGAGCAGCACGGCUUCUGUGACAAGCCUGGGGAGUGCAAGUGCAGAGUGGGCUGGCAGGGCCGGUACUGUGACGAGUGCAUCCGAUACCCAGGCUGUCUCCACGGCACCUGCCAGCAGCCCUGGCAGUGUAACUGUCAGGAGGGCUGGGGGGGCCUCUUCUGCAACCAAGAUCUGAACUACUGCACACACCACAAGCCCUGCAGGAAUGGAGCCACCUGCACCAAUACAGGCCAGGGCAGUUACACGUGCUCCUGCCGACCUGGGUAUUCCGGUGCCAACUGUGAGCUGGAGAUCGACGAGUGUGACACCAGCCCCUGCAGGAACGGUGGGAGCUGCACGGACCUAGAGAACGGCUAUUCCUGCACUUGCCCUCCCGGCUUCUAUGGGAAAGUCUGCGAGCUGAGUGCCAUGACCUGCGCGGACGGCCCCUGCUUCAACGGGGGUCGCUGCUCCGACAACCCGGAAGGGGGCUACACCUGCCGCUGCCCCGUGGGCUACUCCGGCUUUAACUGCGAGAAGAAGAUGGACCACUGCAGCUCUUCACCCUGUUCCAAUGGUGCCACCUGCAUGGACCUUGGCGAUGCCUAUCUGUGCCGCUGCCAGGCUGGCUUUUCUGGGAGGCACUGUGACAACAACUUGGAUGACUGUGCCUCCUCCCCAUGUGCAAACGGGGGCACCUGCAGGGACGGUGUGAAUGACUACUCUUGUACGUGCCCCCCGGGCUACACAGGCAGGAACUGCAGCGCCCCCUUCAGCAGGUGUGAGCAUGCACCCUGCCACAACGGGGCCACCUGCCACGAGAGGGGCCACCGCUACGUGUGCGAGUGUGCUCGGGGCUACGGGGGCCCCAACUGCCAGUUCCUGCUCCCCGAGCCGCCCCCGGGCCCCAUGGUGGUGGACCUCACUGAGAAGUUCGUGGAGGGCCAGGGCGGGCCUUUCCCUUGGGUGGCCGUGUGUGCCGGCGUCAUCCUCGUCCUCAUGCUGCUGCUCAGCUGUGCCGCUGCCGUCGUGUGUGUCCGGCUGCGGCUGCAGAAGCGCCGCCCGCCUGCCGACCCCUGCCGGGGCGAGACGGGGACCAUGAACAACCUGGCCAGCUGCCAGCGUGAGAAGGACCUGUCGGUCAGUGUCGUCGUCGGGCCCACGCAGAUCAAGAACACCAACAAGAAGGCGGACUUCCAUGCGGACCAUGGUGCCGACAAGAACGGCUUCAGAGCCCGCUACCCUGCGGUGGACUAUAACCUCGUGCCGGACCUCACGGGCGGUGAAGCCCGCAGCAGGGACGCUCACAGCAAGAAGCCGGACGCCAAGGGCCAGCCCCAGGGCUCUGCCGGGGAGGAGAAGGCUGCCCCGGCCACACUCCGGGGAGGAGAAGCAACUGAAAGGAAAAGGCCAGAGUCUGUCUGUUCCGCUGCGAAAGACACCAAGUACCAGUCGGUGUACGUGAUAUCGGAGGAGAAGGACGAGUGCGUUAUUGCCACCGAGGUGUAGACUGGAAGCGAUGUGGCAAAAUUCCCAUUUCUCUUCCAUAAAAUUCCAAGGAUAUAUGCCCCAACGAAUGCUGCUGAAAGAGGAGAGGGAGGCCCUCCGUGGACUGCUGCUGAGACGCUCACUCCAGACCGGGCUGGUUCUCUUCCCGAGGCCGCGGAGGCUCCGUGGCGCGCGGCCGGCUUGUGGGCUGGCCGCCCGUGGCGCUGCCUUCUGUGCCGUCCCCAUUGCACUAUGGACAGUCGCUUUUAAAGGAGUAUAUAUUUAAUGAGUGGCGUGGUGACCACGUGAGACGCAUGCACUGCCUGAGGUGUAUCUUCUGGAUUCCUGUGAGCCAGUCUGUUCUUGAAUUAGAAACACAAACACUGCCUUCAUUGUCCUUUUUGAUACUAAAAUGUGUUUUUCUAGAUGGAAAAAAUGUGUUAUUUUUUGAUUUGUAAAAAUAUUUUUCAUGAUAUCUGUAAAGCUUGAGUAUUUUGUGAUGUUCAUUUUUUAUAAUUUAAAUUUUGGUAAAUAUGUAUAAAGGCACUUCGGGUCUAUGUGACUAUAUUUUUUGUAUAUAAAUGUAUUUAUGGAAUAUUGUGCAAAUGUUAUUUGAG